CCCAGACUCGGCCUCAUCCACCGAGCACCGAGACGGAGCGGACGCAUCGCCGCCCGUUUUUCCUCCCAACUCUCAAACAAACCAACUGCCAUCUCCCCGUCUCCUCUCAGCGCAGAUGCCCCCGAGCGCCUGCGACAGAUGCCAUCGGCGCAAGGUCCGAUGCGACAAGGCCCUGCCGCAGUGCACCCCCUGCAAGAGGGCCGACGCGCAGUGCGGAUACGCAGUCAGCGAGCACCAGCUCCGUCGGCGGAACACGCAGAAACUCGAGAGGCGGAUUCGGGAUCUUGAGGCUGAUAAUGCAGCUUUGUCUGCUCAGCUUCGACGGCCUGAGAUAGCAUCGACGAGAGGCGAUGACGCCGACGGUCCGGCUGUGGGGUUUGGCACGCCGACUACUCCACAGCCCGAGGCCUCGAGCCAGCGUGGAGAUGUAGAAGUCGCCGAGGAGGUGAUCCAAAUGAGUCUCAUCGCCGGGGGCGGCCAUCAUUUCGUCGGUUCAACCAGCGGUCUCUUUCUCGCCAACCUGCUACAAUCCGGCCUUCAGCCUUCAUCAUCACUGCUCUCCGCCGCAGGAUGGAAGCCGCAAUCAAUCCCUGGCCGCCAGUCACCCCAUGGCUUCUCAGGACUCCCGCCGAAAAGCCUCGCCGAAGAACUCAUGCGAGCCUACUGCAGCCACGACCACCUCGCGUACCCAUUCCUAUCCACCAGGGCCCUGCACCGGUCGCUAGAAGCCGUGUACGCGGCCGAGACGCCUGAGAAAGUGGACGCCGUGGAUAGUUUCUUCGUCGACAUCACGCUCGCCAUCGCAACAGCCCAGGUACACAAGUUCAACUGGAACGGCGGCUACGACGCCGAGACGCACUACAACCGCGCCAUGACGAAGCUCGCCGACGUCCUCGCGCGCGACGGCAUCGAGAGAUUGCAGGCGCUUCUCCUGAUCUGCCAAUACCGCAUGGGCACCACGUCGAGCAACACCACGACAAGCGUCUGGCACCUCAUCGGCGUGGCGGGCCGGACGUGCUUGGAGAUGGGCUUACACAGAGCAUCCACGUACGAGAUACCGCGAGCCCGCAACAGUGGACCGAGUACGGGAGAAAACGACUCCAACCGUGAGCCCGGAGAUACGUCGAAGGAAGAGGACAUGGAAAUCAAGAAGAAAUGCUUCUGGAGCUUGGUCGCACUGGACCGUGUUGCGAGUCUUGCCCUCGGACGACCUCUCGGGAUCCAACUCGAGGACAUCGACGCCGACUUCCCUAACUACACCAAUUCCUCCGAGGCCCUGCCAUCAGACAGCCCCGUGUCCUCGACGACAUACGGAACACCUCAAUGGCGCGCCGCCACGUCGAUAUUCGUCCACAUCGUCAAGUACCGCAUCCUCUGCGGCAAAAUCCUCAACGCGCUCUACCGCAGCGCGAAGCACACCCCGGAAGCGGCAGCCAAGUACCAGGAAAUACGCAACGCGCUGGCCCAGGAGCUGCAGAGCUGGCACGCCGAGACGGCGGCGCUGUCGCUCGUCAGGGCCGACGCUUCCUCUCAGGUCGCAUCGCCGGCGAGCGGAUCGAGUUUUCGCUCCGAGGAGUGGUACCGGCUGCUCUACCACAACGGCAUGUUGAUGCUGUUCCGGCCUUCGCCGUGUCUCUGCGAUGCCUCGCUGAACAGCGUGGCCCUGCAGCACAUAUUCGAUUCGUCGCGGGAGGCCAUCAGCCUGUACGCCAGCCUACACCGGUCCAGGAAGAUGAACUACUCGUGGAUCACGAUGCAGGCCGUCUUCAUGGCCGGGCUGUCGUACAUCUACGCGCUGCGCAACCACUUCCAGGUUCUCCAGUCUUCGGCUCCAGGCGCCAAGCUGCACACGACUCCCUCCAUCGCGCAGGUCGUCAACGACACGCGGGCGUGCUCCAAGGUUCUCGUGGCCGUUUCCGAGCGCGACGCCGUCGUCGCCGAUAUUGUCGACGCCCAUACGACGCCGCCUGCAGUUCCGGACAUCACUCCGCAGCCCGUCGCUUACACGGAGGAGCUGUACGGCCACGCCUCGCACGCUGGGCUGGUGAACAUGAGCGUCGACAACACGUUCCUCGACUGCUUCGGCGAUUUGCAGAACCUUGGCCUCGACGAGUUUCACAAUGACGCCAUCUCGCAGCUUUCGCAGGAGUGGUUCGUCGGGCUCGAGGGGGAGCAUUCAAGUCACCUCUGA